UUGAAAGAGAGCGCACGAGCAGCAGGCUCGCUGUGAGCGCCGUACGUCUCGCGCACACUGAAGUGAAGUUUCACUGAGGAGAAACGUCCUUAUGACUGCUUUAUUUCCCGACAAAAGUCGUCAAAGGUGCUUUUAGUGAGACAGGAUUAAGUAAUGAAAACCAUUUUGAGAAGUUUUAAUGAAUGAGAAGAGUCUAAUGAGUGUUUAAAUGGAUAAUAACGGGGUUUGAUUGAAAGAAAUCCGUUAACGAAGUGGGCGGAGCCUCUGCACGUGAAGUGCUCAUGGAGGGCAUCUGCUUUGAGGUGAAACCCAGAGGCGACCCCAUCCCUUCUUCCAAGCCUCUCCCAGAUGGAUCAGGAUAUAAAGACGAGGAGGAGGAAGAAGAGGUUCGGUACAGAUUGACACUGGCCGGCUCGUUAGCGGUCCACCCCCAGACCACCAUGGCCAUGCUGCCGUGGGUGGUGGCUGAGAUACGCAGGCCUGGGUUGAAGGGAAGGAGCUCCAGCACAACCAUAUCUGGACCUCAAGCUCUAGAGAUGUGCGACUGUCCGGUGGUCCUGCAGAUCUCGUGUUCCAUGGUGCGUUGUGUGCUGGGCAUGGUCUCUGCGGGGGACCAGUGGGACCCGCUGCGGCACAACGUCCUCUUUCAUCAGCGGCCACAUCGCGUCACUAAACUCAUCCACAACAGCCGAGAGCCGAGCUACUUCGGUUGUCUGGUUCGGGAUGAAACCAGCGCUACCUGCUAUGUGUUCCGUUGCCAUGAUGAACACAAGGUCCCGGAGAUCAUCAGCACCUUAAGGCAGGCCAGUAAAAGCUCCGCCCGGCAGGUGGACACGCCUACCGGCGCCCAGCCUGGCGACUCUCACCAAGACAACGGUCGCCAGGACAACCACGAAACGGUGACGGCCUUCACCAAAAGGUUCGAGGUGCUGUUCUGCGGUCGUGCGGUGGUGGCCAAGAAGAACGCUCCACCCGCGCUGAUAGACGAGUGCAUCGAGAAGUUCAGCCGAGCGAACGCCACCAGCUCCCUGACCGCCGGGCUCAGGAGAGCCUUCUCCCUCACGCAGGUGAUAAACGGAGCGAACGACGGAGCGGAUGGAGGAGGGAAGAGGACGCUGUUUUUCCGGAAAGAUCCGAGCUUCCCGUCUCUGCAGGCCCUGGAUGAGAACGGUCUCUCGCCUGAGCUGCAUCGGCGAUCGGCGCACGGAGCCACAGGAGUCCAGCCAACCAGCCUGCAGGAGAACAGGACCAUGUUAUUUAUGAUCGGACACUCUCAGAUCUUCCUAGUGAGUCCUGACAGUAAAAAAGUUGCCAUCGAGAAGAGCUUCAGGGAAAUCUCCUUCUGCUCACAGGGGAUAAGGCAUGUGGAUCAUUUCGGAUUUAUCUGUAGAGAGUCGGACGAGGGCGGGAGCUGCCAGUUCGUGUGUUACGUGUUCCAGUGUACAGAUGAAGCUCUGGUGGAUGAGAUCAUGCUGACUCUGAAGCAGGCGUUCUCUGUGGCCGCACUGCAGAAGAGCACGAGGACCCAGAGCAUGCAAUGUGACUCCUGCCCCAUGCAGCAGCUGCACCGACUCUGUGAACACCUCGAGGGUCUCAGUGCGUCCAAGGCGAAGCUGGAGUUGCAGAAGCAUGUGGCUUUACUGGAUAAUCAGGAGCAGGCGUGUGUGUUUGAGACGACCCUGAAAGCCAGACCGAAGUCGGACCAGGAGGAAAACGAGCUGGUGGUAUCAUGUUUAAGGCGACUUUAUGAAGAGAGACAGAAGCAACACACACACACAGACAUUGCACAGACAAAACAGGAAGCUCCAGCGGUGUGUGACGAGACGUCUCCAGUUCCCGAAGGCAGCAUGAGCAGCAGCCGACUGCGUCUGGAGCUUUUGAAGAGUCGAGCCAAAAGAUCGCUCACAGAGUCACUAGAAGGAAUAUGGAAGAGCAACAGUAGGUCCAGGUUACAGAGAGAGUGCAGUGAAAGCACCUCCUCAAACUCCACUAUCAGCAGCACCCAUCAGGAUGUCGUCUCGGUGGAGCCGCCGUCUCCGCCCCUUCUCCUGCCGCUAUCCAGCCCGCUGCGCUCCCACAAUUCCACGGGGGACCUGAAGUGCCUGGAGACCUCAGAAGUGGAUCAGGAAGGUCACGACCCCCAGGCUCAGAGCUUCAGGAGGCGAGCGAGUACGAUCAGUCACUCUCCGUCGAUGUGCACCAGCAGCUUGAACGUCCCGAGCGAGCAGGCGGCGUCUGGCAGCAAGCCCAAACUCGUCCGUCAUUACUCCGUCAGCACCGACUCGCCUCACCAGAGCAAGGCGGCUCACGCCAGCGAUGCUUCUUCCUCUUCCGCUUCUUCCUCUUCCUCACACCUUUCCUUCUCUUCCUCGCCAACCUACGCGAGACUGAUGAAGCCGAGAGCCUUCGAGCAGUUCACAAAACCCCUCAAGAGUGGACUGAGGGCCAGAUUGUCUUCAUCUUCUUCUGUUCCGAACUUCUUAAAGUUUCUGGCUCCUGUAGAGGAGCACGAUGAUUCCUGCUUCUCUCUGAAACACAGAGAUGUAGCGGCCCUGUCCAGCCCAGGAGCCAUGUGUGUGAUGGGACCAGACAGUCCACUCCGUCACCGAAGACACUCCUGGAGACAGCAGAUCUUCCUCAGAGUGGCUACGCCACAGAAAGGCUCUGAUACACCAGAAAGAGGGGAAACAUCCCUAGAGGUCGGUAGCAGACUGACGGUGGGAGGCGGGGCUGGGGGUGGAGACAGUGCGCUGGGUGCGGUGCCUGAGGAGAGGAGGAAAAGGAGUCGGGAGGAGCUGCGGGAGUUGUGGAAGAAAGCCAUCCUGCAGCAGAUCCUCCUCCUGAGAAUGGAGCGAGAGAACCAGAAACUACAGGCCUCUGCGAGCGACCUCCAGAGCAGACGGCUGAAGCUGGACUACGAGGAGAUCACACCCUGUCUUAAAGACGUCACUCUCGUCUGGGAGAAAAUGCUCAGCACCUCUGGGAGGUCAAAGGUCAAGUUUGACAAAGAGAAGAUCCACACAGCCGUUGGGCAGGGUGUCCCCCGGCAGCACAGGGGUGAAAUCUGGAAGUUUCUUUCAGAACAGUAUUUACUGAGACAGCAGGUGCCCAGCGCCAAACCUCCCAAUAACGAUGUGCCUUAUAAAGAGCUACUGAAACAACUCACCUCUCAGCAACAUGCCAUCCUCAUAGAUCUGGGCCGCACAUUCCCCACACAUCCAUAUUUCAGCGCUCAGCUGGGUGCAGGUCAGCUGUCGCUCUAUAACCUGCUGAAGGCCUACUCUCUGCUGGACCCAGAGGUGGGCUACUGCCAGGGGCUGAGCUUCGUGGCUGGAGUUCUGCUGCUGCACAUGAGCGAGGAGGAAGCCUUCAACAUGCUGAAGUUCCUCAUGUACGACAUGGGACUGCGCAAACAGUACAGACCGGACAUGAUCAUCCUGCAGAUCCAGAUGUAUCAGUUAUCUCGACUGCUUCAUGAUUAUCACAGAGAGCUGUACAGUCACCUGGAGCAGCACGAGAUCGGCCCGAGUCUGUACGCCGCACCGUGGUUCCUUACCGCUUUUGCCUCGCACUUCCCUCUGGGUUUUGUGGCCAGAGUCUUCGACAUGCUGUUUCUGCAAGGGUCAGAGGUCACCUUCAAGGUGGCACUAAGCCUUCUGGGAAGCCACAAGCCUUUGAUUCUGCAACAUGAGAAUCUGGAGUCCAUUGUGGACUUUAUUAAGAGCACGCUGCCUAACCUGGGACUGGUGCAGAUGGAGAAAACCAUCAAGCAGGUGUUUGAGAUGGACAUCAGUAAGCAGCUGCAGGCGUAUGAGGUGGAGUACCACGUGCUCCAGGACGAGCUCCUCGACGGCCCAUCUACACUCAGCCAAUCACAGCGUGCCGCUCAGCUGGAGAAGACCAACGGCAGCCUGCGACAACAAAACCUGGACCUGCUGGAGGAAGUACAGGUGGCCCAUGCGAGGAUCCGUUUCCUGGAGUCUCAUGUGGAGGGUUUGGUGCAGAGCGAGUCAGUGCUGCGUGUGGAGCUCACGUCCCUACAGCAGGAGCACUCGGAGCUGCAGCACACAGUCACCCAGCUCCAGGCUCUGCUCACCAGCCACGGCAUCCAGUACACAUGGGCUCCAUCCUAAUAGGUCGCUCGCUCCUUUUGUUUCCUCAGCAGGAGAAACGUCGAGACCUCGUGGCCUGGGGGGCGGAGUUUCGAUACUUUGCGUAAAGUUUAAUCUGUCCCUGUGGGAUGAGGGAAGAGGAUGUAGACUCAUGAGUAGGUGUAUUAGAGCAACACCACCACCCUCACUAAUGGGAAGUGCCUAAAGGUCAAAGGGCAAAUGACUUCAAAACUGUAGACUUUUUUUUAAGGCAUAACUGCAACACCAGCACUGAUUGACUCCUCAGCUCACUCCGAACAAGUGCACACAUUACCAACACUACACAUUGUGUGUGUGUGUGUGUAAAGUAUUUGCACCCUUUGUCUUGUGUGUUUAUUUCAUGUAAAGACACUGCUGUAUGCUGUUCUACGUCGAUAAACAAAAACAAAUGAGAUGUACACAAUCGUGACUUUUCUUUUCAGCUUCCAUGUUUUCCAGACAUGAAAGUGUGUUUUUUUUUUUGUCAUAAUAAUUACUCUCAUUAUAGCGCGUCUCUGUCUAGACACGGAAUCUCUGUGUGUUUUCAGACGAAGCCGCCCAGCCCUUCAGAUACACGGAUCUGCCUGAAUAACAAUACCCACAAUGCACCUCUGUCAGACAGACCGCGCUAUUCCCAGAUGCCGACGCCGCCACACAAUGACUUGCCGUGUUCUUUGCUCUACAUUCAAACAAUCAGUCGAACAAUAAACGACACGUGACCGCCUUCUGCUUUUUUUUUUUUUUUUUUUUUCUCGAGAGUAGCUGAUUGACAUAAAUGGGAAUGUUUUCACCGAGUUUGAGUUAAUGGAAGGUGUCGGGGUGUCGAGGGACAGACAAACCUCCAGGACGUGCAGUCUGGGGAAACUGAUCAAUUUGUUUUGUAACAGCGACCGUUGUUUGAUCUGAUAAAAACGUGUUUCGAGACACGUGAAUACAUCGUGAUGGUGAGCAUUCACACGACGCUGCGCCGCGUGUUAAAGGAGCGCUCUGUCAUUUUGUACGUUGUUCAUCUUUACCAUCUGUGGGAAAAAAUUUAGACAAUAGGCCACGCCCACCUCGAACAUACAACGCUCUGAAAAAUGUUAUUGGCUGAUUAGAAGCAAAUAUAUUCAGACCAUAAAGCAGGUCUGAAUAAUUUCUGGGCCAGAUAAUCUUUCUUUUCAUGGUGUUUAUGUGGACAAGAGGUAGCUGUGUGAGAUCGUUGUUCAGACUGGGGGCGGGGCUAAAACGAGGAUACAUUCGGAUGUGUCCAUAGUAAGGAAAGGCACGGACUUUCUCUCGUCCUCUGUAGUGGGACGGUCGCUAAUGUUGUAAUAACAUCGAAGGUGUUGUUUUAUAAAUAUAAAAAAACAUUAAUCAUCAGCACGUCCAGUCCCAAGAGUUCAAAUUGAGAGUAAAAUUAGCGCAAAAUUAACACAAAGUUCUGACCUUCAGAGUUAAAGGAAGCUUACAGUACCUCGCUACAGAGACACACACACACACACACAGGACAUUACAAUUAGCAUUGUAUCCUUCAGUUAUUGCACUGUGUGUGUGUGUGUGUAUAAACCUUUGUCAAAGCUGAAUGAACCAAAGACAUUAAAACUAUGUGGAAUGUG